AUGAUUUUGGAUGAUUAUGUGAUGCAAGAUAGUAUUGACGUUGAGAAACAGACAGAAGUUCUUACCAACACUAACGGGAACACCAGCAUAGUAAGAGGCAUGGCUCUUGGAUACUCUUCCAUUAUGGAGGUCAGUGCAGCAUUGAGUAAAGAAGGUCUUGGAGCAUCCAAACUCCUCAUUGGAAUUGAUUUCACUAGAAGCAAUGAAUGGACAGGCAAGGUGUCGUUCAAUAACCGGAGCCUGCAUGGCAUUGGAGAUGCACCUAAUCCAUAUGAGAAGGCCAUCUCUAUCAUUGGAAAGACUUUAGCCCCUUUUGACGGAGACAACAUAAUUGCUUGUUUUGGUUUUGGUGAUGAGACAACUCAUGAUCAGGAAGUGUUUAGCUUUCACAGUGAUCAUUCACCUUGCCAUGGUCUUAAAGCAGCUUUGUCCUGCUACAGAAAGAUUACUCGAAACGCAAAACUUGCUGGGCCAACUUCUUAUGCUCCUGUAUUGCUUAUCAUUGCUGAUGGCCAGGUUACAAGAAGCAGCGAUAUAAGUGAUAAAGAACUAAGUCCACAAGAAGAGCAAAUACUCAAAUCAAUUGUCAAUGCGAGGUCAUAUCCACUCUCAAUUGUUGUGGUCAGAGUCGCUGAUGGACCUUGUGAAGACAUGAAGAACUUUGGUGACGAGCUCCGUGCAUGUGAAUGUCAUAAUUUCAAGAUGGUUGACUUCACUGAAAUUAUGUCUACAAAUGCGACAUCGGCUGAGAAAGAAAAAACUUUUGUUCUAGUUGCCCUAAUGGAGAUCCCCUUUUACAAAGCAGCAGUUGAACUUGGUAUUCUUGGACAUGUGACAGGAAGAGCAGAACAAAUUGUUCCACGCCCUCCACCAGUUCCACCAACUUGUGAGACAAGCAGCCCCUUGACUUGUAGAGACUGUUCAGAAUUGAGCAUCUGUCCAACGUUCCGUGAACCCAUCACAAGUAGACAAGGGGUGUACAUCUAGUGACUGCUCCCACAGAAUUGAAAAUGUUUGAACCUUGUGUGGGGGAGUUCCCCUCUCUCUCUCCCAUCAAUGAGAUUAUACAGGUACACUAUAGAUUAAAUGAACAUUACACUGCAAAUUG